UUUCCUUCCCCGCGUCGCGCUCCUUCCCUGCUGCCGGGAGCAGUCGUCCCACCAUCAUAUCUGGGGUGCUUGCCCACUGUUCGAGCAAGAGAGGCAUUAGGCGGUCGGAGCAGGACAGGGCAACGCGGGGAGUGAUUAGAGUCCCCCUACUUAUUAACCAUAGAUGGUAUCGUCUUCGCCGCCGGGUGGACUCAACCUAGCGGAGGACUCAGGCUCUCAAAAGUGGGUGGAAGGUGGAGCACUGUGCGGGCCGUACUACUUAGGGGGAUAGACAUUACAGGCCUGAGACAAAAUGUUUUAGAGAUUCAUUCCAGGGGGAUCCACAACAGUUUGAGAAAUAAGAUGCCUUCUGAGAAAACGAUUCAAAAAAGAAAAAUUUAUCUCCUCCACGAUCAACUCCAAAUUAUGUGGGAGUGAGUUGGAUCCCCGUGGCUGCUACUAAUUGGUCAAGAUAGAGUUACGCGGACCAAUAAGAAAAAGAAAGGAAAAUUUCUGGCCUAUAGGAAGAGAAAGGCAGGCUUAAGAGAACUGUCAGCUUCUAUUUCCAUUCCUUGGAACCCAGCCACCAUGCUGUGAGGGAGCCCAAGCAGUCCUGUGAGGAGGCCCAUGUAGAAGAAUCGAGGCCCCAGCCAACGGCCAGCACCAACUUGCCAUGUAGUUAGCCAUCUUGGAAGUGGAUCCUCCAGCUUCAGUCAAACUGCUCCAGAUAACAUCACAUGGAAGAGCACUGUCCACUCCAGACCUUGCUCAAAUUGCACAAUGGUCACCCACCCCUGCCCCACCCUACCCGCCCCCACCCUCCAUGAGAUGAGUGACGCCCAAGCCCCUGCCCAAGUGGUUGCCACCCAAGUGAAGCUGUGGAGCUGGAGCCGUCAAGAUGGAGGCAGUGUGUCUCUCGGUUCCCGCCAGCACCAGGAGCUCCAGGCCUUCCUUGGCCUUCUGGAGCACAGCUUCCUUCAGGAGUUCCUCUCCAGAGAUCCCUGUUUCCAGAUUUCAGAUAAGUAUCUCCUGGCCAUGGUGCUGGUCUACUUCCGGCGUGCCAACCUGAAGCUCAGCGAGUAUACCCGCAGCAACUUGUUCUUGGCACUGUACCUUGCAAACGACAUGGAGGAGGACCUGGAGGAAGCCAAAUGUGUGAUUUUUCCAUGGGCCUUGGGCAAAGAUUGGCAUCAUCAGGUGGCAGACUUCUUGCGUCAGAGGGACAAGCUGUGGGCACGGAUGGGAUUCCGGGCUGCCGUGAGCUGCCAGUGCUGUGAGGAGGUCAUGGCCAGGGAGCCGUCCCACUGGGCCUGGACUCGGGAAAGACGCCCCCAUCAUGGCGGGGCUCAGAGGAGCUGCCCGAAGGCCCAGGUUCCCCUCCCCCGGGGCCCCGGCCUCUCGCCACCUUAUUGUUCCCUCUGUGGCUUACCGCCUCUCUGCAGCCACUACUGCCACCAACCCUGCUCCUUGUCUGUCUUACCCAAGUGCCCGUCCCCAAACCCUGAGUGGUAUCGCCCUCCUUCCCAUGCUUGUCUCUCAGUGACUGAAGACCCUUGGCGUGGAGGCUUCCUUGUGGUCCUGCCUCCCCAGCUGCAUCUGGAGCCAGGCACCUACACCCUCCACAUCCUCCCAAAGCCUCCUCCAGUGCCCUAGGCGCUGACGCUCGCUGGGUGAAGAGCAGUCUGCCUGCUGGCCUGCUGACCCGACAUUCUGCUGGCUGUGGCCCCCCGCCCCUCCUCCGGCUUCCUGUCUUGGCCUCAGACUGGCAGUGCUGCCCAAGCACCCCCUGCCCCUUUCUCCCAACCUGUAACUUGUACCCACUCUGACUCUGGCCCCUCUAAUAAACUCAUGUCCACAGGACACCAACUGU